AAAAAAAAAAGAACAAAAGAGAAGAAAAAAAAAAAUGAAAAUCCAACGAUGAGAGAAAAAUGAACUGGUGGCGCUCUUCAUUCCACCUAAACCCUAUAUUCCAAUGCUCUUCAACAACCUAAACCCCAUUCCAACCACCACCACCGCCACAACCACCACCACCACCACCACCGCCAUUGAGCAUGAUCUUCCCUCACUCUCUUCCUGAUCAUGCUAACCCCCUCUCUGCGAUCCACUCGCAGAUUCUGCCACAAUCUCUCUUCAUCUUCCCCCCUCACAUUCAAAACCCUUAAACCCUUACAACCACCAGUUCUCGAUACUCUCAAAUCCGAGCGGGACGCACACAAGCUCUUCCAUCUCUUCAAAGCCAAUGCCACCAACCGCCUCCUCGUCGAAAACCGCUUCGCUUUCUACGACACCGUUUCGCGUCUCGCCGGCGCUAAACGCUUCGACUACAUCGAGAAUUUACUCGAACAGCAGAAAACGCUUCCGCAAUCUCGUAGGGAAGGGUUUGUUGUUAGGAUUAUCACCUUGUAUGGGAAGGCUGGUAUGGUUCAACACGCGCUUGAUACUUUUUAUCAAAUGCAUAGUUUUAAAUGUCGUAGGACUGUUAAAUCUUUCAAUGCCACUCUUAAUGUUUUGGCGUCGAAUCGGAAUUUCGAUGAGGUUGUGAGGUUUUUAGAUGAGGUUCCUUCUAGGUUUAAUAUUAAAUUAGAUGUUUAUUCUGUUAACAUUGCUGUUAAGGCUUUUUGUGAAGAUGAGAAGCUUCAAGAGGCUUAUUUGUUUAUGGUUGAUUGUGAGAAUAAUAAAGGGGUUAAGCCGGAUGUUGUUACGUAUACGACUCUUAUCUCUGCGUUUUAUGAGGUUAAGAGGUGGGAGAUUGGGAAUGGGUUGUGGAACCGGAUGGUGUUGAAGGGUUGUAUGCCGAAUCUUCAUACUUUUAAUGUUCGGAUUCAGUUUUUGGUUACUGUUAGGCGGGCUUGGGAUGCGAAUGCUUUGAUGGGAUUGAUGCGGAGAGUUGGGGUUAUGCCGGAUGAGGUUACGUUAGUUUUGGUUAUCAAGGGUUUUUUUCUGGCGGGUUAUCCUGAGAUGGCGAUGAGGGUUUUUUCGAAGUUGCAUAGGAAGGGUUAUAAGAGUAGUGCUAAUAUUUAUCAGACGGUGAUUCAUUAUUUGUGUAAGAGAGAGGAUUUUGAUCAGGCGUACACCAUGUGUGAAGAUAGUAUGCGGAAAAAUUGGUUUCCGAAUGUAGAUACUAUCUUUAUGCUGCUGGAAGGCCUAAAGAGAUUUGGGGAGAUUGAUAAAGCGAAGGAGAUUGUUGCGUUGUUGGAAAGCAGAAAACCUCCAUUCUAUUCAAGUUAUUUGGCUUCAAUGCAGUCCUUAUUGUCAGGGCAGUAAAGUUAGUGGAAUAGGGAAAUUGAUUGAGUUUAGUGAGGCAGCAGCCCAAGUGGAUCUUAUAUUCUUUGUAUUCCAUUCAUUUGUACAUCUUGAUAGUUUAUGUAACAAGCCUGAAAUUUUGAUGGCAUCUCAUUUAUACAAGCUGUCAAACACCGGUUUUUUCCACUCGUUAGCUCAUUGUACCUCACUGGAUAAUAUUUCGGCCAAGAUGGUAUUUCAGAAGGAAAAUACUACCAGAUAAACUCUUUGGAAUAGGAAAAGCGUCAUCUGGAAAUUUCUUGAAGUAUUUUGAUUUGCAAUCUGGGUCUUGUGUAGUAGAGAGCAGAUGUCCUGAUGUACAAUGAGCACCCUUUUCAGAUUUUGAGGAUGUCCAAAGGGCUUCUUUCAGCACUAUAUAAAGUAUGCACGAGGUUCAAUAAAGUACUUAUGAAGAGAAUUAGUUUUUUUUUUUAUACAGAGAUGGGUUUCUGCUAUUGGACACAGAUCUUAUUUUCAUACUCGUAGGAUUGAAGCUGGACAGUAACUAAAUGUCUAACUGGUUUGAAGAUAUCACAAUAUUGUUCAUGUUUCCUAUCAAAGUUGUUGAAGAAAAUAAUCUAUUUGUCAGGGAAAGUUUGGUUUAACUGUAUUGAAGAAGUUGCACCGGCCUUUUGCUUUGAAAAGUGAAAAUUAUUGCGAAGGGUGUACUGAGGGACAAGGGAACAAGAAAGGCGAUCAUUAUUGCAUUGGAAGGCAAAAUUAAACAGAAAUCCUGUGAUUAUGCAUAGGCAUGAAACAUGGUAACAUUGAUGUUUCACUUGGAUAUGAUGAUGUGUUGGCUUUCCGUUGAGUGUUUGCACUGUCCUCGGCUAACAGGGCGGACAAUAAUUAUGCAGAUAAAGGGCAUGUACAAAAGAGUAAAGCCACUGCUAGAAAAAAAUUACCAGAAUUUUGAUAGAAUACGAGGUUUGUGAGGAUGCUGGGUGUAUUAGAGUGGUAGGAACAUACCUAUCACUUCGUGUUGGUAAAAAGAUUCCUAAGAUUUUUUGUUUUUGUUUUUUUAGCAUUCUUUUCCAAUAGAAGAAACACGGGAAGCUUAAUUCUUGAUUCCUCUUUGAAAAGCCAUGAAAGCAUACAAAAAGAUUCUAAGAGUUUUUUUUUUGUCUUUCAAGAUAGUGUGAAGAUUGAAAGCAUACAAAGUUGAACAGUUAUUGCUUAUCCAUAAUUAAUCAA